GCUUUGAAUUGCUGCGAUGGCUUCGAAAAUGGAGGUGGAUGCGGCUCCGUCAAAUGUUAUGGCGUCCUCUAGCUUGUCUGGCAGUGUAUCGGUGCAGCUCCACCCACUGGUGAUAAUGAAUAUAUCCGAACAUUGGACGCGAGUCCGGGCUCAGGAAGGAAAGCCUGUAAAGAUUCUCGGAGCAUUGAUUGGUAAACAGCACAGCCGAAACAUCGAAGUGAUGAAUUCCUUUGAACUGAUGUUUGACAUCGUAGAGGGAGACACUAUAAUUGACAGGGAGUACUACACUACUAAAGAAGAACAGUUUAAGCAAGUUUUUAGUGACAUGGACUUCCUGGGUUGGUAUACAACUGGAGAGAUGCCAGACGAAUCAGACAUCACAGUACACAGACAGGUUUGUGAUAUCAAUGAAAGUCCAAUUUUCCUGAAGUUGAGUCCAGUAUCAAGACAAGCUGAUCAGCUUCCAGUCAGUGUGUAUGAGUCUGUAAUUGACCUGGUCAAUGGGGUGGCCACCAUGUUGUUUGUGGAGCUCCAGUACACACUGGCCACAGAAGAGGCCGAGAGGAUAGGGGUGGACCACGUGGCCAGAGUGUCCAGUUCAGAAAGUGCUGAGAACUCACUAGUCUCAGAACAUCUUACAGCUCAACACAAUGCUAUCAAGAUGUUACACGGAAGGGUGAAGGUCAUCUUGGACUACCUCAAGGCAGUGCAAGCAGGUGAAGUGCCAAAAAAUCAUGAGAUACUCCGAGAGACGUACAGCUUAUGCCACAGGUUGCCAGUGUUAAGAUCUGAAAAGUUCAAAGAGGAUUUCUUCAAUCAAUGUAAUGAUGUUAGCCUAAUGACAUACCUAGGGACUCUUACCAAGGGAUGCAAUACAAUUAAUCAG